AUGAAUGUGUCUACAAGUUUGAGGGUGCGCCUGCCGGUGCUCGUGCUGGUGUUGGAGGUUGUCAUUAUAGCUCUUUAUGCAGUGUUUGUUACUUAUGACGACAAUGCCAACGCUAAACUGCAAAACAAUGAGACCAACCCGAUGGAGAACUCCCUGUAUCAGGAUUAUCCCUUCUUUGCAGAUGUGCAGGUGAUGAUCUUCAUAGGCUUCGGCUGCCUGCUGGCCUUCUUCCGAUUCUACGGCUUCAGUGGGAUGGUCUUCAACUUUCUUACAGCGACAUUCACAAUUCAGUGGGCGAUUCUGAUGCAAGGUUUCUUCCAGUUUUACUAUGACGGUAAAAUUCACCUGGGGGUGAUCAACUUGCUUAAUGCAGAGUUUGCCUGCGCAGUGGUGCUCAUCUCUUUCGGAGCCGUGAUUGGGAAGACCAGUCCUGUUCAGCUCCUGGUCAUGGCUUUGCUGGAGGUCCCUGUCUUUGCUGUGACAGAGUGGGCUGUAUUGAAAUAUGUUAGGAUCAAUGAUGCAGGUGGCUCUAUUCUUAUUCACCUGUUUGCCUGCUACUUUGGUCUAGGGGUGACAUUUGUGCUGUACCGCCCAAGCCUGAAUAAGGGGCAUGCUAAAGAGAUCACUAGUUAUCAUUCUGACAUCCUCUCUGUAAUGGGAACCUUGUUCCUCUGGGUGUUCUGGCCUUCGUUUAACUCUGCUCUGACCUUUAAGGGUGACGAUCAACACAGAGCAAUACUCCACACUUUUAUAGGUCUAAGCUCAUCCACCAUCACGGCCUUUGCACUCUCUGCAGUUUUCAGUAAGAGAGGCAAACUCACAAUGGCUGAUAUUCAGAAUGUGACUCUGGCAGGGGGUGUGACUGUUGGGGCUUCUGUGGACAUGAUGAUUUUCCCUGUAGCUGCAUACGUCCUAGGCGUCAUGGGCUGUACUGCCUGUUUUUUUGGAUACAAGUACCUGACCCCCUUUUUGGCCAGACACAUGAGGAUCCAAGACCAGUGUGGUAUUCACAACCUGCACGGGCUCACUGGCCUUAUAUCAUCCAUAGCAGGGAUCUGUGCCAUCCUCCUAGCCACUGAGGAAAUCUACGGACCCAGCAUGUACCAGACCUUUUCUCAUCGUGCUCCACGGGAGGGAGAUCCCAAGCUCCUGGAACUGCAGAGGCUGAUUCCUGGUCUGAAGCCGGGCUUGGGUCGCACUGCGCAGGAACAAGCUGUCUACCAGCUGGUAGCUGUCAUCUCCACCAUUGCAGCAUCUACAGUUGGUGGGCUGCUCACUGGUUUGGUCAUGAAGCUGCCCUUCAUGGCAUCACCAUCUGACAGGGAGUGCUUUGAUGAUGAGCUUUUCUUUAACAUGCCCUCUGGCUUUGACAGUGAAGGGCUCAAGAUCCCCAUAAGCUGUGAUGAAAAAGGACAAAUGAGGUCUAUGAACAUCAAAGUCUGA